AUGGCAGUCCUAGCAGCUGGGCCGAAAAGAGGCUCAAAGCUGAUUUCAAAGCCAAAGUCUGAAGCCCAUACUCUGAAAAGAAAGCGCGAUGAGGAGGGUCUAGACGCCCUCAACCAACGAGUGCGGGACAUCAACGUCAAGGAUAAUGACUACGGCACGUUUGCAAGUCUACCACUCUCGCAACCAACAGCCUCUGGGCUUGAAGCCUCUCACUUCAAGGCUCUUACGGAUAUACAAAAGCAAGCUGUGCCCCAUGCACUCAAAGGCUCCGACAUCCUGGGAGCAGCAAAAACAGGCAGUGGGAAAACCCUUGCGUUCCUAGUCCCGGUUCUCGAGAACCUCUAUCGCAAAAAAUGGACAGAGCUGGACGGUCUAGGGGCUCUGGUACUGUCGCCAACAAGGGAAUUGGCGAUCCAGAUCUUCGAGGUCCUACGAAAGAUUGGACGCUACCACAACUUCUCCGCCGGCCUUGUUAUUGGAGGCAAGAGUCUACAAGAGGAGCGAGAAAGGUUGGGACGGAUGAAUAUACUAGUCUGUACGCCUGGGAGGAUGUUACAGCACAUGGACCAGACGGCCGCUUUUGAAAUCGACAACCUACAGAUGCUUGUCCUGGAUGAGGCUGACAGGAUCAUGGACAUGGGCUUUCAAAAGGACGUGGAUGCGAUUGUAGAACACCUACCAAGAGAGAGGCAGACUCUGCUCUUCAGUGCUACACAAACGAAGAAAGUGUCCGAUCUGGCAAGAUUAAGCUUAAGAGAUCCCGAGUACGUGUCUGUGCACGAGGCCGCUACCAGCGCAACGCCAUCAACCUUGCAGCAGAACUAUGUUGUGACCCCGCUCCCCGAGAAGUUAGAUACCCUUUGGAGCUUCAUCCGAUCCAAUCUCAAGUCCAAGAUUCUGGUCUUUUUGUCUUCAGGCAAGCAGGUCCGCUUUGUGUACGAGGCUUUUCGACAUAUGCAGCCCGGUAUCCCUCUGCUUCACCUUCAUGGGAGACAAAAGCAGACGGCAAGACUAGAUAUCACAAAUAAGUUCUCUGCUUCAAAGAACUCAUGCCUUUUUGCAACAGAUGUAGUUGCACGUGGGCUGGAUUUCCCAGCUGUGGACUGGGUCAUUCAGCUCGACUGUCCGGAGGACGCGGAUACUUACAUACAUCGCGUGGGUAGGACAGCGCGCUACGAGCGAGAUGGUAGAGCGGUCCUUUUCCUCGAACCAAGUGAGGAAGAAGGGAUGAUCAAACGCCUGGAGCAGAAGAAGGUCACGGUCGAGAAGAUCAACGUCCGUCAAAAGAAGCAACAAUCUAUCAAGAAUCAGUUGCAGAACAUGUGCUUUAAAGACCCAGAAUUGAAAUAUGUAGGGCAGAAAGCUUUCGUGUCAUAUGUCAGAUCUAUACACAUACAGAAGGAUAAGGAAGUCUUUAAGCUAAAUGAGCUACCAUUGGAAGAGUUUUCGGCGAGUCUGGGUCUUCCAGGAGCUCCAAAGAUAAAGUUCCUCAAAGGCGACAAUGCCAAAAAUUUGAAGAACGCGCCCAGACAAGCUGUAUCUUCUUCAGAAGACGAGGGCGACGGGGCCGCGGCUUCUGGUAGUGGGUCAACCGCCAAGAAGACAAUUACAAGAACCAAAUACGACCGAAUGUUUGAGCGAACCAAUCAGGACAUUCUUACUGAUCAUUACAGCAAGCUUGUGAAUGAUGAUCAGGGUCAAAGUAGCGAUGUUAACAACGCAGACGAAGGCCAGGAUUUUUUAACCGUCAAACGGCGCCUGAGUGACGCUUCAAGCGUUGACAGCGAAGCAGAGGGGAAAUUGCUGCUACCAAAACUUGACUCUCGCAAAAUGGUAGGGAAGACGCCCAUAAAUGUCGAAUCCAAACGCAAAGAGAAACUUCUCAAAUCCAAAAAGAAGCUCCUUAAGCUCAAAGAAAAGGGUCAGAAACUCGUCUUCGACGAAGAAGGCAAUCCCCACCAAAUCUACGAGUUGGAGAACGAAGAUCAAUUCAAGCAGCGAGGAGCAGUUGAUGUACAGAAAGCUAAGUUUCUGGAAGGGGAACAGGCGAGGUUGCAGGCGGCGGACCUGGCAGACAAGCAGGCUGCGAAAGCUAAGAGGAAGGAGAAGAGGGAGAAAAGGAAGGCUAGGGAGGUUGAAGAAGCUGCUGAUGACGACGAUGCAGGGGGGAGACAAGCUGUUCUUGCGCCGUUUGAGGGAGAUAUUGGGGAAGACCUGGAUGCUUUGGACGAUAGAGACGAAUCUGAGGUCGGCGUGAGUGCGGACCCGGUCAAGAAGAGACCGAGGAAAUGGUUCGAGGACGAUUCAGAUGGUGAGAGGACAUCUCAGCGGAGAAGAAAGGGCGAAGAUGAUAUACAAGAGCCUGAGACUUUGGAGGAUCUAGAAGCUAUGGCAUCUGGCUUGCUUCGUUGA